AUGAAUACCUCUAAAGCACUAGAUAAGAAUCAUAAUCAUUUAUUACAAUUGAUUGUAUUCUACAUAGUGUUGUAUACAUCAAGAACCAUCAAUAAUUAUUCAUUGAUUUUUUAUAUACUUUGUUUUCUACUUUCCAUUCAAUUAGAUUCACAUCGUAUGAAUAAUAACAAUCUAUUCGGAUCAUGUGAAGAUCAAUUAGAAAAUCAAUAUCCUGCUGAUAUUCAAAAAUUUAUUUUCAAUGAAUUGUUGUCAUCACAAACUCCAACACCAUCAUCACUACUAACAAAUGGUAGUAGUAGUAGUAGUACAACUAUAAAUACUAACAAUCUACUUUGGGAAUAUUUUUUAAAUCGUUUACAAAAUUCAAAUAAUCCUUCGUCAUCAUCAUCUAAACCAUCUUCUUCAUUACAAAAUGGUAUUAUCCAUACUGACAAUUCAUAUCCAAUUGAUUUAAUCAAUUCACCAGAUUUAUCAAAUUUAUUCAAUUAUCAAUAUUCUUCUCAUAUGAAUAAUAUUGAUUUUAACAAAUUUUUACAAUAUACCACCACCAGUCAUUUAAUAAAAGUUAAAGAAGCGAAUGUGAAUUUGAAUUUUGAUCAUUCAACAAUGAAUAAUAAUUCUACUGAUUUAACAAAAACACUACCAAAUGGUCUUACAUUGUGCAAUGUAUUAUUAGAUAAAUUGAAAGAUGAUUUUACUACAUUGAACAAUGAUAGUACAAAUUUAAUAAGCACUCAUUCUAUAGAUCAUCAUUUAACAAAAUUAACACAAUCGGAUAAUUUACAAAAUUAUUGGAAAAAAUUUCAAUUAUUAUUAUUUAGUAAUAAUGAUUUAAAUGGUGUAAAUAAUCAUGAUGAUGACAAUCAUGAUGAGAGUAGUAGUACUACUACUAAUACUACUACUACUAAUAAUAAUAAUAUUAGUAGUAGUGAUAGUAACAAUAAUAAUAAUAGUAAUAAUAAUAUUACACAACAAAUGAUGCAAUAUUAUGCAUUGUGUGCAUUUGUUCAAGCUGCUACCCUACUAUCGACUUCAUCGAAUUCUACAUCAACAUAA